GCCACUAGUAACAGUGCUUAUGCACAAAGCCCAAGUUUCUUCAGAUCAAUGUGCUCCAUCAACAUUAAGACAUCGCUCAGAGACGUUGCUGCAGGCUCGUGACUUAACGAGUGGAGGAGCAACAUCAGCCCAACUAACCCAUGAGGUAAAGUUCCGGAAACUAGCAUCAGAUCUGGACUCACUAAUGACUGGCACAUCCAUUCGGAUUCCAGAUGGUGAAAUGCUGGACUUGAAGGUUGGACUUGGUCUCAGCUGGACAAGACACAGAAAGCUGAAAAGAUGGUUGAAAGAGCGGAAAGUCCUUUCGGAGGGAGAAAAGGCCAGUAGAGCUCAGCAAGCAGAAAUAAUUGGGGAUAAUCUGGUUGGCAAGUGGCUACCCUUUCAGUUCCACAAUGAUGACCUCCAUUGCAUCGAGUAUUUGAGAGCCCCUAUGGUAAUUGUUUCCAGUCUUCAGCACAAAGUGCUACAGCUUCUAGAAGACUACGACAAGCUGAAUCUCCUAACCUGGAGCCAUGGAAUUCCUAACAACGAGAUUUGGCUAAAACUUGGAGGCGAUAAAGGCGGGAGUUCUUUUAAACUGGCUAUUGAAGUGGCCAACUUAACCAACCCAAACAGUUUGAGGAACACAGUCAUUGUUGCUGUGUUCAAAGCUGGGGACAACACCUUCAACCUCUCCCUUGCCCUUCAGGAGUUUUCACAGCAGGUGGAUAUGCUCAUGGCAACCACGUGGAGAGGAAAGACACUCCGCCUGUUUCUGUGUGGGGACUACGAGUUCCUGACAAAGGCAUAUGGACUGACAGGGCCAAAUGGACGGCACUGCUGUCUAUAUUGUGAAAUCGCCAAGGCUCAGAUGGUGGUUCCUCAACAUGUCCGGGGACCCAGUCCAUCCAGAACUUUGUCAAGUCUGCAGAAGAACCUAGAGGAAUUUAAGACAGACGAAGUGGCUAAGCUACACUUCAAUGUAGUGAGGGAGCCCCUCUUCAGAAUUCCUAUAGAUCAGGUAUGUCCCCCAGGGCUCCAUAUUAGUCUGGGCCUCUUCCUCAAGCAUUUCAUAAGCAUGGAGAGACGGUGCCAUGAACUGGAUGUCAAGAUUGCUGAGCAGCUGUCGCAUGCAGCAACAAUACCUGAAGUGAACCUGCAAGGACUUGCAUGCCUCAUCCAGCACCAAUCUCUACAGAGAAAAAUCACUGAAGCAGAAUCCGAGGAGAAAGAUUUUCUGGAACAGCUCUCCUGCUUCGUCACUCUUUAUCCUGAUGAGAGUCAGCCAGUGAAGCUGUUGCAAGAAGCUGCAGCAGAGAAGGAAAAGGAAAAGAAACAAUUGGAAAAAGAAAUCAAAAAGCUACCAAAGGUCCCUCAAGGCAGUGGACCCGUUGCUGCAUCACUAGACAGGGCCCUGCAGGGGAUGCAAGUUAAGAGGCAGGCGUACCAUGGCAAGUCCUUUGUCGGGAACCAUGUCCACAAAUGCUUGAAGGAGGAGAACAUUGCCAUUAUUACAACAGCAAUCGUGGAAACAACAACCAAACUCUGCCCGUCCCUUAAAGAGGAAGCAGAAGAAGUUGCUGCAUCCUACAGGACUCUGCUGAAUCUUUAUGGCAGGUGCCACAGGGCCUUUAAUUUGAAGCAUUUCAUGACUGACGAAGACAUCUCCCAACUUGACCAUGACAUCAAGGCAUACCUCAUCUUUUUCCGGGAGAAAUGGCCAACUGAAACAAACCCCCCUAAACUUCAUUUGACUGAAGACCAUAUAAUACCAUGGCUAAGGAGAUGGAGAGCACCAUUUGGGUUGAUGGGAGAGCAGGGAAUUGAGAGUCUACACUCUCAUCUCAAUACAAUUGAAUCCGAUCUUAGAGGAUUUAAUAAUUCCCUAGACAUACUCCUUCAUACUGUCAAAACUCACUGGGUCCACAGCAACCCUCGUUGUUAUGGGAAAGAAGAGAACAAGAGUUAGUUCUUCUGGUAUAUGAUAACACACUUGUUCAUGGCCGCAUAUGUGACCGCAUUGUAUGUUUUUUCUGAUUUAGUUACACAUUCCGAAUUAAGCUGAAUUGCGUAAGGCCGAGAUUAGGCUUCCAAAUGAUUCUUGUACAACAGUACAACAGUACAACGAGGGUUGCUAUGGACCCAGUGAGU